AUGGAUCCAACUCCUUCCUUCCAAGAACCUCCUCCACCUCACACCUACUACACUAACCCACCUCAACAACCUCCUCAGCAACAACCCUAUUUGUCUCAACAACCUCCUCCUCGGCAGCAUCAUCACUAUCAUGCCCAACCCACUACGGUUCCAUAUAUUGGAGCAGCCUCCAGUGCUUCCACACCGCUCACCACGAAAACCUAUGAAGACGAUGAUUACUAUGAGAGCAAACAAAUCAAUAAGGCUCGGAAUGCCUUUGCUGCUGCCUUUGCUACGAGUUUGUUCUUAUUCUUCUUUUGUACUCCCUUUGCAAGUUGUAUUCCGUACUUGUUUGUGUUCAAAUAUAGGACUAAUGUGGUUCCAGAAGCGAGAAGAUUUGGAGAAUUGGCUCGUUCCUUCUUUUGGGGUCUCUUUGGAUUUAAUGUGUUGAUUAUUGUAUGUGCUUCAUUAGCUGGAAUUAUUGUGGCCAUUCAGCAACAGGUGGCCCAUGAUCGUCGCCAUCAUUAA